CAUACAUGUAAAUAGAAGACAAUGCCACUCAGCUGAAUUUGAAAAGAGUCUCCGACCUCGUCCAACACAGAGGUCAUUGAACAAAAGUAUAUAUUCCUGUUCAGGAAAUUUCUAGUAAGAGUACAUAUAAAACAAUAACCAAUCACAAACGCUGAUACAACUGUCAUUAGCAUCCAUCUUUUCUAGGGCUAAUUUCCUGUUGGAGAAUUGCGGCAGCUCGACGUGUCGGCAUCAGGAACAUCCCGUAAAUACAUAGUUUGCAUCGCUUUUUCCAACACGGAGGUCACCGAGUAUGCUCUGAGAUCAAACAGGACAGAAAUGUCUACGAUUCAGAGCCCAGUAGAUGAAUAUGGCUUUCACCGGCCAGAUGACUUUGACUACUCAAGUUAUGAAGAAUUUAUGUCAAGUUACAUUAGGGUUCUGGCACGGCGAGCAUCGCGCUGGGAUAACUUCAUGAAGGGUGUGAACAAAGUGAGAAAGUCAAGAAGAGUGAAAAGAUUUGUUAGGAAAGGGAUUCCUAUGGAACUUAGAGCCCAGGUAUGGGUGGACACUAGUGGAGCAAGGAAGAAAAUGAAGUUAAAUCCUGGCAGCUAUCAACGAUUACUGGCAGAAGAUACAACAAUUGAUGAGAUGGCCAUGCACAGCAUACAAACAGAUAUCGACCGCACCUUUCCUGAUAACAUUCACUUUUCUAGUAGACAAGAUGACCUGAGGCCAGCCUUGUUGAAUGUUUUAAUUGCAUAUGCCAAGCACAACCCAAGAAUAGGAUAUUGCCAAGGUCUAAACUAUAUUGCAGGAUUGAUGCUUCUCAUUGUUAACAAAGAAGAGGAGGCGUUCUGGCUUUUAGAUGUUAUUGUUGGGAAUCUGUUACCGGAUUACUAUGCUAAGGACAUGCUUGGUUUGCAAAUUGAACAAGAAACACUGCGUGAAGUAGUCAGAGUAAAGCUUCCAGUCUUGUUUGAGCAUAUAGAAAAACUAGGUGUAUCAUACACAAUCUUCUCUACCAAGUGGUUUAUCUGCCUGUAUAUUGAUGUCCUACCAACUGAGACAGUACUUCGCAUCUGGGAUUGCCUGUUCUAUGAAGGAUCAAAAGUGAUUCUUAGAGUGGCACUGACAUUAUUGAGUCUUAAUGAGGGAAAACUAAUGAAGUGUAAUGAUUUUGCUCAGCUUUGCGCAGCUAUGAAGGACAUUACCAAGGGGCCUGCAACAAUGGACUGUCACAGUUUUAUGGAGCACUCAUUCCACUUGCCGGGGUCUUUUUCAAGAAAAUGGAUAAAGGAGCUACGAAAAGCUGCAACAGAGAAAAUAUUGGCAGAACAACAAGCAAGACAACAGCACACAUGAUUUGAUUGUUUAUCCACAGAUGUCAUUAUCUCAAGUUUCCUGUGGAAUAUGAAGUCUUCAGAAAUUUGCAGGAAAAGAUUAAUUUGAAGAAUUUAAUUUGUAAUUAAAUGGUUAACCAACUUGUACCUUUCUUUAGAAGCUAUACUGCCUCUAGGUAAUUAGAAGUAACUUAAACUAAUAUACAAUUUAGACAAACAUUUUUGAUAUGGAGAUUAAUAUAUUAUCAAGGGCAGCCUCUCUUUGGUGGUUUGAGUAAAAAUGAAAAGAAGAAAAAUGGGUGAGCUUAAACCAAAAAGCUGAAAAUAGUUGAUGUCAAAAAUCACAAGAAAUAGGCCAUUUUUGAGCCGUGGAAAGCCUUAUUGCUUUGAAGCAAAGGUUAGUGCAAAUGAAUGCAAUGUCAAAUGCAUUGUGUUUUUUUUAAAGAAUUGUAUCUUGUAGCUAGUGAGCAUGCCCCCAUUGAUGCAAGGGAACAAGCAACUGUGUUACAAGAGACAGGCUAGAGAAUAAAGCAACUAAACCUUUAAGAAUCCUUCUCUCAAGCUGUCUUUAUUGUCAAUUUAAUCUAAAACUUUUCCUCAGAAAAGGUAUUUGUUAUAAAUGCAUCUUUCUCCAAUCACAUUUUCAAUAAUCUUCUCAGACUAUUCCAUGUGUUAAAUAGACAAAAAAAUUGUUAAUUUUUACUUUGAUAUUUAUUUUGCAGUGAUUGUGAAUUGCUACACAAGCACACAUUGUCUCAGUCUGUAAUUUGGCCAUUCUAGUCAAAGUGUUUGUUGUAUUUCAGCCCUAGUAUUAAAUAAUCCAUUGGAUUCCUGUUGUAAAGGGCUUGCAUGCACUACCACAACAUGUAAGGGAGUACGUUUUGCAAGUGUCACUGUGAAAGAGAGCAUCUGGAGAUAACAACCCUUCACCUUGGUUUUAAGAUAAUUUUUUAAUCAUAUUAAAAGGAGAACUUAAAUGUGAACUACUGCUAUGAGGCAAAGGCGUGCGUAUGACUGGUUACACCUCUCCUCUAUCUAGCCAAAAGGUUUUGUUUUUGGUUUUGUUUCAUUUUUUUUUUCUUUUUUUCAUUAAGCACAGCCACAAAUACAAGGAGCAACAUUUUCUUUUAAGUCUUUGUUUUGUUGAAAUUUGAAAUUUGAAUUUUGUAAUUAUUUUUUACCUGACUGAGGCCAGGGUAAAUUUCUGUGAAAUGUUUUCUUUUUCAUGCUGGUUGUGAAUCUGAAUUAAAUAAAAGUUACAUUUUUCUUGAAUGAUCGAACAGUUA